GUCAGCUGACAUAGCUGUGGACCACAAGGAAGGAACCCAACUAGCGGCUGUGGUGUGAACCAGGCACCCACUACUUCGAGCCUGAAGUGGAGGCCGAGCGGGGGGGACUGACUGGUGGCGUCCGUGACAGAACGAGGGCUGAGUUUGAUUUCAUCAUGGCCUGUUGGGUCUGAGAAGCAGCCAUAAUGAUCGGAGGAUUGUUCAUCUACAACCACAAGGGGGAGGUCCUUAUCUCUCGGGUCUACCGAGAUGAUAUAGGGCGCAACGCAGUGGACGCGUUCCGCGUGAACGUGAUCCACGCGCGGCAGCAGGUCCGCUCGCCGGUGACCAACAUCGCCCGCACGAGCUUCUUCCAUGUGAAGCGCUCCAACAUCUGGCUGGCAGCUGUCACCAAGCAGAAUGUCAACGCCGCCAUGGUGUUCGAGUUCCUGUACAAGAUGUGCGACGUCAUGACGGCCUAUUUCGGCAAGAUCAGUGAGGAGAACAUCAAGAACAACUUUGUGCUCAUCUACGAGCUGCUCGACGAGAUUCUGGACUUUGGCUACCCUCAGAACUCAGAAACUGGAGCUCUGAAGACCUUUAUCACUCAGCAGGGCAUUAAGGGACAGCACCAGACAAAAGAGGAGCAGUCUCAAAUCACCAGCCAGGUGACAGGGCAGAUUGGCUGGCGUCGCGAGGGCAUCAAAUAUCGCCGUAAUGAACUCUUCCUGGAUGUAUUGGAGAGCGUCAACCUGCUGAUGUCACCACAAGGCCAGGUCCUGAGUGCUCAUGUGUCGGGCCGAGUGGUGAUGAAGAGCUACCUGAGCGGAAUGCCUGAGUGCAAAUUCGGCAUGAACGACAAGAUCGUCAUCGACAAGCAGGGCAAAGGAGGAGCGUCCGACGAUGCUGGGAAGAGUGAUUUAGGGGGAGGAAGCGGGAAGCAGUCCAUCGCCAUCGACGACUGCACCUUCCACCAGUGCGUGCGCCUCAGCAAGUUCGACUCGGAGCGCAGCAUCAGCUUCAUCCCCCCUGACGGAGAGUAUGAGCUCAUGAGGUAUCGCACCACUAAGGACAUCAUCCUUCCGUUCCGCGUCAUCCCUCUGGUCCGUGAGGUUGGCCGCACUAAGCUGGAAGUUAAGGUGGUCAUCAAGUCCAACUUCAAACCAUCACUAUUGGCCCAGAAGAUUGAGGUCCGCAUCCCAACGCCCCUCAACACCAGUGGGGUGCAGGUGAUUUGCAUGAAGGGAAAAGCCAAGUACAAGGCCAGUGAGAACGCCAUCGUCUGGAAGAUCAAACGCAUGGCUGGAAUGAAGGAGUCUCAGAUCAGCGCUGAGAUCGAGCUGUUGCCGACCAACGACAAGAAGAAAUGGGCUCGACCCCCCAUCUCCAUGAACUUUGAGGUCCCGUUUGCCCCGUCUGGCCUCAAGGUGCGCUACUUGAAGGUGUUCGAGUCCAAGCUCAACUACAGUGACCACGACGUGAUCAAAUGGGUGCGCUACAUCGGCCGCUCGGGCAUCUACGAGACUCGCUGCUGAAAUGGAACGUCACCCCCCCUGCGCGCAGCCACCCCAUCCAUCCUCUUACUGAAUUUCUCAGUUCCUCUGUCUCCUCUCCCAUUUAUUCUUAGAGCUCCUCUCAUAUACCCCCUCCUAACUAGGUGUUGGAGAUUGACUUUACAUCAUUUAAAACAAAAAUAAAUAUGGCAUAAUGCACAGAUAUAUGAAAAUUGUGAACUAUUGUAUCGUAUAUCUCGUAGUGAUGAGUAAAGCAGGGGUGAUCGCAGGUGCACCAAGGGGGCUCUGUUGUGUUCAUUCAGUGUUAUUGUUCUCCACUCUCUAAAUAGACUCGAGAGAGAUUAGUCCCGCACCACUUUAACUUGAGAAUUCUCUCUGGUAAGAUGACAUGUAGAUGUUGUGGGUUCACAUGAACCUUGGUAUUGUUCUUGUGUAUGAGUAGUCCACCCUUCAAAUAAUUAAUUGCCCCUGUAUUGUUGACCACCUCAACGACGGUUUAAAUUGCUACUUUUGUCAUUCUGCAUUCAGUGAGGAAGAAGAGGACAUUCAAGACAGGCUUGAUGAGCUAAGUUAGCUGUUGACCCCCCCCCACCACCCUUUUUUUUUUUUUUUUUACUUUUUACUUUAAAAAGGAAAACAAAUCUUACUAAAUGUAUCGAAAGCACUAAGACAAACUUCUUCCAGUGUUAGAUGGAACACUUUCUCGAAAGAAAGUUGUGUUGGGGAAAUCGGGCCUUCCCUGCAGUGUGGUUUAGAGGUGAGGUCUCCCCCUGGUGGUUACCUUUCCACUGUUUGCUUCAUAUUUGUAGCCCUGGUGACCGUUCUGUCCAAUAAAAUCUGACGAUGUAUCCAAAAGACUCAUAUAUAUUAUAUUAUAUAUAUAUAUAUAUAUAUAUAUAUAUAUUUUUUUUAACAAAUUUGGUUGCCUCGAUUAUUGAAUUCCUGGAUAUUACAUAAACUGUACGUUAUGCUCCUUAAUCAUUUAAAAGCACCGGUGAUAGUAUUACUGUAAAUAUAACAAUGUAUUUUAUAAUUUUGUAACAGUCACCAUCAGGGAAUUUGAUGCAAUUAUUCGGGGCACUAGGUGCAGUGCAUUGUGCUACUGUACUAUAAUGGACGCAUGGCUAAAACUACAACUCUCAAAAUGCGCCGCAAUAAACGCUUCCGUUCGUAAACAAAUUGAUCCUUUUUCAGCGUCAUUCGUUAUCAUUUGUUUAGUGAGUAAGAAGACGGAAACCACUGGUUCAGAAUCCAGAUUUGAAACGCGCUACUAUGUAUGGUUGGUUUAUAUUGUGUCGCAAAUUCUCUCGCAGCUAAUAGUUUGCAUAGCCAUUCUGGAGUACAGUGGCCUUUGAAGGUCAAAUAACAUUUGGCCGAGAGAGACCGCGUUCAGGUUGCACUAUGUCUGCACUAAAUAAUAAGGAUUGCAUGUAGAAAAGCUUACCAUUCAUUUUAGGUUUACACUAUCGUACAAAAAUAUGGGUCCGCUUAGAAAUUGUCGUAUUUUUUAUUUUACAAAGUUCAUUUUUUGUUGUUUUUAAUGAAGAUAAUAGGAAAUAGGGGUAGGCUUGUUGUAUUUCUCAAUUCGGACCGCCGACUAUUUAUAUUUUAUCAGUUCUAAUUUGUUGUAUUUAUUUUUCCAUUUUUCUUCCUAAAGUUGGUUAAUAAAAACGUAUAAAUUUAUUUUAAUAAUUGUUCAUUUAUUUAUUUUUAAGUAGGAAAUAUUUUCAUCAGGGACAUACCACAUUUAACAUUGUUUUCAGUUUACUAAAGAUAAACAAUGGAUUAAUUCAUUAUAAUUAACUUUGGAAAUAAAUGGUUAUAAUUUGCUGUAACUACAAUGCUAAGCAUCAGUAAAAUAGUAAAAUAAUUGUAGCGAAACUAACCAUUUUCAUCUGUUAAUUAUAUCGAAGGUUAAUUAUGAAAUGUUAAAUUAUUGCUUAUUCAGUUAAAAUGUUAUUGUAAAUAAAAUAUUACACAAGUCAAAUAAGCAAUGUAUAUCAUUAGCCGAAUAGUAUAUUUGCUUUAGCCAUUUUUCACUGUCAAUAUAAAAAUGCCCAUGUGUUUAUGUAUUUAUUUUUUCUUUCUGUCUGUGUAGAUUCUCCGUCAUCCGGGCGAUGGUGAUCCACAAACAUUGAUUCGAGGAUACUGGACUCUUGUUUGUUUCACUUGUUUUCCAAAAAAAAAUCAAAACUGACAUUGGUAAUUAUGCCAUUCGGCUAACAAUGUAGACAUUGAAACCAUUUUCCAUGUUUUAAAUUAAAUAUUUGGGUAAAUAAUAUCUGAAAUUGAUUAUGAUUUUUUAAAAUCAGAAUUGUUUUAUUCAAACAAAAUAUUUUACAAAUCUUAAAUAUACAUUUUGACAGUUCUUUUGUUUUGCUUUGAAACCUCAUCCAGGAAUGACCUGGCCCAUCUGUUUUCAAAAUCAAAUGUAGCACUUGAGCUCAAAACAUUGCCCGCCCGUGCUCUUAAAUUUGUUAAUGGGGUACAACUGUCUUUUUCUUUGAAAAAUAAGAACUUGUGAGUAACCCCCAAACUUUUGAAAAGUGCUGUAUAUAUAUGUCAAAUUCAAGUUAUUUGUGAAUUGCAAGCUGCUUGUAUGACGCGUAUUGUGAGCACGGCUAAAUAAGGAUUCUCAUUUGACCAUAAAUAGAUUUCAACUCACUCUUAGACCAAAUGAUUGGGCACACUGUCACACGUACUUUGGCCGACACAUUUAAUACUUUUAUCCCAUCUUCCAACUCCUACAAAGAGGGACUCAAUGACCCCCAAACAGUAAAACAAAUGAAAAUUAAAAUACACUUCAAAACACUAGUAUCGUAGUGGUGGCCAAUACACAACUGGCCGCUGGAGUUGUUGUUGACAUUAGUCGCCACACUGUGAUGACGAAACA